AAGCCUUAGAAACUGCACACGUAAAAGAAAAAUCAUCAGGUCUCCACUGAAAGAGGAGAGUUAUUCCACAAAGCAAAAACACAGAGAACCAAAGAAACCACAUUUCCCAUCACUUCACUCCCUCGUUCGUAUCUCUUUUGGUCCUUUAGGGUUUUCCAUUUUCCAUGGCCGAAGUCAUCAACAUGCCUCUCGAUUCGCUCGAUAAAUCCCCUUCCUCUUCCGCUCCUCCGCCGCCGCCACCACCUCCUCCCUCCUCCGUCGCCGACGAUGACCUUCCUCCGCCGCAGCAGCAUUCCUCGUCCCGCCGCAGGGAUAGAGACUUCAGAGACCGCAGAGACGAUAGGGAUUUUGAUCGUCCUCCGAAUCGCCGCAGCGGCGAUUUCUACGACCGGAACGUGUCGCCGCCUCCCAGAGACAGAGAUAGGGACAGGGACUUCAAGCGCCGCCGCAGCCCGAGCCCUUCUCAUCGCGACCGGCGAUAUUCUCCUCGGCGCUCGCCUCCGCCGUUCAAGCGAAGGAGAGCCAGUCCCCGCGGCGGUUACGGACCCGAUGAUAGCAGACAUGGAUAUGAUUAUUAUGGAGGUUAUGAAAGGGGAGUGGGUGGAAGAGUUGGUUAUAUAGAUGAGAAGUCUUUUAGCAGGUUUGGACAUCGUUCUGCAGGGGGAUAUCAAAAUGGAAUUUCCGAUAUGGAAUCAAAUCGAGGCUAUGGAGAAUUGCCAAGUGGUGGUGCACAAAGGGAGGGGCUGAUGUCCUAUAAGCAAUUCAUUCAGGAGCUUGAGGAUGAUAUACUACCAGCUGAAGCAGAGCGUAGGUAUCAAGAGUACAAAUCAGAGUAUAUUUCUACCCAAAAACGAGCUUAUUUUAAUGCUCAUAAGGAUGAGGAGUGGUUGAAAGAUAAAUAUCAUCCGACAAAUUUGCUAACAGUUAUUGAAAGGAGGAAUGAAAAUGCUCGACAGCAAGCAAGGGAUUUUCUGCUUGAUUUGCAGAGUGGAACUUUGGAUCUAAAUCCUGGUUUAAAUGCCUCUACAUCCAGCAAAUCAGGGCAAGCUAGUGAGCCAAAUUCAGAGGAGGAAGCAGACACUGGAGGUAAACGAAGAAGACAUGGUCGGGGAUCUAAUAAAGAAAAUGAUUCUUCAGCUGCUCCAAAGGCUCACCCUAUCAGUUCUGAACCUAGACGAAUACAAGCUGAUGUUCAACAGGCUCGGGCCCUUGUUCACAAGCUUGACAGUGAGAAGGGGAUUGAAGAUAAUAUUUUAUGCAGCAGUGAUCACAAUAAAAAUGAUGAUAAGGCUCAUAGUGGAUCUGUGGGUCCCAUAAUAAUUAUACGAGGCUUAACAUCUGUUAAGGGUUUAGAGGGUGUUGAGCUUCUGGACACACUUAUUACAUAUCUUUGGCGAAUUCAUGGUGUAGAUUAUUAUGGCAUGAUUGAGACUAAUGAAGCCAAGGGUUUGAGGCAUGUGAGGCCAGAAGCAACAGGGAAUGAAGAACCAGGUAAGUCAGGGUCUGAAUGGGAGAAGAAACUUGACUUGUUUUGGCAGGGAAGGCUGAAUGGUCAGGAUCCCUUGGAAGUAAUGACUGCUAAGGAGAAGAUAGAUGCUGCAGCAGUUGAAGUGUUGGAUCCAUAUGUUCGAAAAAUUAGGGAUGAAAAAUAUGGAUGGAAGUAUGGCUGUGGAGCUAAAGGCUGCACUAAGCUAUUUCAUGCUGCUGAAUUUGUGCACAAACAUCUGAAGCUUAAACACCCAGAGCUUGUUCUGGAACAAACUUCAAAAGUACGCGAGGACCUCUAUUUUCAAAAUUACAUGAAUGAUCCGGAUGCUCCUGGUGGGACACCUGUCAUGCAGCAACCUCAGAAGGACAGGCCUUUAAAGCGAAGAUUAGGUCUUGAGGGCAGAUUGAGAGAUGAUCGUGGUAAUCGGCGAGAUCAUGAUCGGAGUGACAGGGUAAAUGAUGGAGAUAGGCCUGAUAUUUCCCCAGCCCAUGAAAGGCAGUCUAAAGACCAUGACGAAACAAUGUAUGAUUCAUAUGCAGGGCCUGGUGUACCCCCAUUUGCAUCAGAUAUGCCCCCUCCUCCGCCAGUGUUGAUGCCUGUGCCUGGUGCUGGGCCUUUGGGACCCUUUGUUCCUGCUCCGCCAGAAGUUGCAAUGCAGAUGUUAAGAGAGCAAGGAGGGCCAUCUUCAUAUGAUGCCUCUGGAAGAAAGAUGCGGUCUGGCCCUCAUAUGGGUGGAACAGCACCAAUAAUUGCAGUUCCUCCAGCUUUUAGACCAGAUCCUCGGCGAAUGCGAAGUUAUCAAGAUCUGGAUGCCCCCGAAGACGAGGUCACUGUGAUAGACUAUCGGAGUUUGUAAGUGUCAUUGUGGUGGCUGAACCUGUCGUCUCUAUCUUCUGUGAAUUUGUCGGAGAAUCUUAUUUUCGGAUAUUUGUCAUGGGAAUCGACUUCUAAUGCACUAGGGUUUAGAUUUGUAUAUUUUGUUACUAAAUUAUCCUUUUGCAUAACUAGGUCAGUACUCCGUAAAUUUGUACGGAGUGUACCAUUGAAUUUUGAGAGUGCUAACAUACGUCACUUCCAUAUUUUGAAUUUAAAUUUAGAACUUGUGCAUCCAGAUUUAUAUUUUCUAUGCCAAGAAAAGAAUAUUUGUACUUUCUACAAAAUUAAAUUCAUAACCAAAACAGUAACUUAAAACUAUAGUUUUAUAC